AUGACCGAAAACCUGUGCGUUGUGGUCCGAGUGCGGCCCUUCGUGGACUACGAGCUGCAGCGCAAGGCCCGCGCUGUGCUCUCCUUGAGGGAUGACCACCUGGUCCGCCUCGAGAAGGAGGGAGAGGACCCUCGCGAGUUUUACUUCGACUUCGCCUUUCUGGGCGACAGUCGGCAGGACGAGAUCUACGAGAAAACGGCAUUCCGGCUGGUCUAGAGCACAGCCCAGGGCUUCAACACCACAGUGUUCGCCUACGGACAGACGGGCUGCGGAAAAUCUUUCACCAUGAUCGGCGACCUGUCGGACCCAGCCGCCAUGGGCAUCAUUCCGAGGGCCUUCCAACACUUCGUGGAUAUCGUAGAGACAGACUAGAAGAAGGUCCUGGUGCACGUGUCUUUUAUCGAGAUCUACAAUGAAGAGAUCAAGGAUUUGCUGGCCCAGUAGGUGCCUCGUCGGGAGCUGAAGGAGAACCCUGAGCGCGGGGUGUUUGUGAAGGAUCUGCUGACCGUGCCAGUGCGGUCGGUCCCGGAGAUGCUGCAGCAGAUCGCGGGCGACGGGCACCGAGCCACAGCCGCGACCCGGAUGAACGAGCACUCCUCGCGCUCGCACUGCAUCUUCACCAUCUACUACGAAAGCAUCGAGCAGACCGAGCGUGGUGAGCUGGUAAAGGUAGGGAAAAUGAAUCUGGUCGACCUGGCCGGUUCGGAACGCCAGAGCAAGACUGGUGCGGAGGGGGACCGGCUGAAGGAGGCCAACAAGAUCAACCUGUCCCUGACUGCCCUCGGAAAUGUCAUCAGUGCCCUAGUCGAGCGCAAAAAGCACGUGCCCUUCAGGGACUCGAAGCUGACCCGCCUGCUCCAGGACUCGCUGGGCGGCAACUCAAAGACCCUGAUGAUCGCAGCCUGCUCGCCAGCGGACUACAACUUCGACUAGACCCUGUCGACCCUGCGCUACGCCUCCCGGGCGCGCAAGAUCACAAACAAGCCCAAAGUCAACGAAGACCCAAAGUAGGCCCUCAUCAAGGAGUAUGCGACUGAAAUCGAGAGGCUUAGGAAGCUGCUGCAGGAGCGGGAAGGGGACGGCCCUGGCCUGGCAGUGCAGCCGCCCGAGGGGCAGGAGCUGGAGGACGACCACGCCCUGUAG